AUUUAGUUAUGUUCUAACUUUUAAGUUUCAGAAUAGUCGUUUCUAUGGCAUUUGGUAAAUGUUAUGCGAUCAUACGGGAGUGUUUAUCGAAUAUAUAAUAGGAUUACUAUCGUUUUAUGUAUCAAGGAAGAUGAAACUGUCAUGCUAUGAGAAAGACAUAAAAGUUUAAAUUAAUAGAUUGUUCAAAUAUUAGGGAGUCUCACUAUAACUGUUUUACAUUCUUUCUCGUAGCAUUAUCUUGUAUAUAUUACUGAUGUAAGGGGAUUUAAAUCUUUUAGUUUUGUUUUUUUAAUAAAGUGCUCAUACGAUGUUAUCAUAAAAAAGAGCAACAACGCAGUAUGGGAUGAAAACCUUAAAUUAAGAAAUCCUAUGUGGAUAAUGGUAUGAUUAUUAGUUAGGAGAGUGUAGCAAAAACGAGAGAAGCAGAGAGAAUGGUAAUGGCAACAAUACCCAUACGCAUCUCUUGUGCUUCACCAACAUCAAGAUCAAUUCUUUCCCCCACCUCACGAUUCCUCUCACCAUCUUUCACUCCAUUUGGCGUUCACGCAAGAAGCACUGGGUCGUUCUCGUUGAGUUCCAAGAACAGCGAAACAGAGUGCCCUGUUCCGCAGGAGCAGCAGCCCAUAAACGAAUACCACUCCCUCUCCACCUCCUUCCCCUUCUCCUGGGCCGCCGGAGACGCCGUCGAGUACGCCUCCCGCCUCUUCGCCACGGGGGCCUCCUUCGCGCUGCUCGUGGGCCUCCCCGUCGCCUGGGCCCAGGCCGAGGAGCCCGUCAAGAGAGUGCUGUGUGCGGCGUCCAGUGGGCUCUUCGUCGUCACGCUCGCUGUCGUUAGGAUGUAUCUGGGCUGGGCUUACGUCGGUAACCGACUGCUCAGUGCCACCGUUGAAUAUGAGGAGACAGGGUGGUAUGAUGGCCAGAUAUGGGUGAAGACUGCUGAAGUUUUGGCCCGCGAUAGACUACUUGGAUCAUUUUCUGUAAAGCCUGUACUGAGCAGAUUGAAAAUUACUUUGGUGAGUCUGGCAACUUCGUUACUUGUAUGUGCUGUUAUCCUCGUUAACAUUGAUGGGGACCAAAAUCUGACCUCAAAAGAACCUGGAGUUAGAGUUGUACCUGGAGUUUACAAUGAUGAAUCUGCAAGAUUAUUUGAACCAGAUGCCUUUUGUGGUGAACCUGAUCUUCAAUAAUACAUGAUCACUCAUACUAAAGCAUUAUCUAAUCAACGUUGGACUCUCCAUGCUCCAAAUAUUCAGUAUCAAAGUCUAUAUUACCUGUACAUAUCUUAUAUUUCCUUUUACACACCAUAUGUUUUACUGUAAUUUUGAAAAUAAAAUGAACAUGCGUACAUUCA